AGCGAAUGUCUGCAGAAUCAGUAUCGUGUCGAGUGUAACCGGUGGCCAUCGUCGUAUCCUGCCCUCUGCGAUACAGACCCCCCGCUCUCCGAAAGAAAGACCUAAUUAACUGACUUUGUGCUGACUCUGAUCUCCCACCCGCUCUUUACUCAUCGUUUGCUUAUCCUUUUGGCCCUCAGCCUUCCUCUUCUCCUCUCUUCUCCCCUCCAGGCUUUGCCUUCUUAUGGAUCUAAUGAGCUCCCGAUUCAAAUCCCUCACUUUCAGCAGACGCAAGAACAGUCACAGCAACCUACCUCAGGACCAGGUCGCCAGUCCGCACAACAACCUCCUGGCGCCGUCGAACGCCAGCUCUACCGGCUCUCCACCGUCGGCCUCGACAGCCAGUUUACCCAUGCCUGGCCACGCGCAGCACGGUCGCCCUCCCAGUUAUCCAUAUAAUGGUACGGGUCGACCGACCAGCCCGAUGCCGCCGGGGCAGCAGCUUGCCCCCCACCCCGCACCUAUAAACACCAGUCUGCAGUAUGGGCAGCAUGGUGUUCCUGCUAUGGCGCCUCCAGCCUAUGGAGGAUAUCCUCAAUCGAUUCCGCAUGGGAUCCAACCCACGAUGAACCAGUAUGGGAUGCGCAACCCCGCAGUAGAGGUGGAGGGUGCAGGGCGGAGCAAGGCCCAGCUAAUCGUCGGUAUUGAUUUUGGCACAACAUUCUCUGGUGUUGCUUUCGCUUUUGCGACGAAUACAGAGGCGAGGGAGGAUAUAAUCACAGAAUGGCCCGGAGCGGGCACGAAUACCAAGCAGAAGAUUCCCACCGUGCUAUACUACGAUCAGUACCAGAACGUUGUAGGAUGGGCCCACGAUGUUGCGGACGCCCUCGCUCCUAGCGGCUAUCCAAAACCUGGAGUACAGAAGGUCGAAUGGUUCAAGCUACAGCUUAUGCUUUCAGGAAAUACCUACAUUGACCCCAUCAACCUUCCUCCGCUGCCUCCAGGCAAGUCAGAGAUCGACGUCGCGGCAGAUUAUCUCUUCAAGCUACGACAGGCAAUGCGGGCUCAGCUGCAGAAGACACUAGGAGAGGUUUUCGACAGAGAAGAGCGAAACAUCAGAUAUUUCUUGACAGUACCCGCCAUCUGGAAUGAUGCUGGAAAAGCAGCCACGCGAUCGGCGGCCAUUCAAGCUGGUUUCUUGCGGGAUGAGAAUGAUAACCGUUUGACCUUGAUCUCGGAGCCAGAGGCUGCUGCUAUGUUUUGCUCCAAGACUGGACUUCUCAACUUGAAGAUUGGAGACGCCAUUCUCAUCGUCGAUUGUGGCGGUGGAACAGUUGACCUGAUCGCAUAUGAAGUUGAGGAGGAACAUCCCUUCAGUGUUGCGGAGUGCACCGCUGGUUCCGGUGACUCCUGCGGAUCUACAACCUUGAAUCGGAACUUCAGCAACAUCCUGCGCGCAAAGAUUCGAAAGAUGAAACUCCCAGAUGGAUCACGGACCGCCGGAAGAGUAUACGCGAAGUGCAUUAUGGACUUUGAGAACCGAAUCAAGGCGGACUUCCGUAACAAUGGUCAGAAAUGGGCGGUGGAUGUUGGUAUCGAGUCUGACUAUCCUGAAGCUGGAAUUGAGGAGGGUUUCAUGACUUUCACCAACGAGGAGAUCCUACAGUGCUUCGAGCCGGUUGUGAAUCGGAUAUUGGAACUGAUUCGCAAUCAGAUCAUAGCCAUCCAAGCUCAGAACCGGUCGUUACAGAACGUCUUGAUCGUUGGUGGUUUUGGUGCUUCCGAAUACCUCUUCCAGCAAAUCAAACUUCAUGUGCCCCCUCAGUAUCAGUCUAAGGUUGUGCGGCCCAUGGACUCGGUUGCGGCCAUUGUCAAAGGUGCAGUAACUGCAGGUAUCACGGAGCGAGUCGUCACCCAUAGAGUUGCCCGUCGACACUAUCUGAUGGCAACCUUACAGCCAUUCAAAGAAGGCUACCACCCAGAGCAGUAUCGCGUGCCCAGUUUGGACGGUAAAGAUAGAUGCAAGUAUACACGGCAAAUCUUUGUCCAGAAGGGUGAGCGCGUGAAGAUCGGAGAGCCAGUCAAAGUCAGCUUUUUCCGCCAGGUUGCUCCUGGUGCUACGUUGAUGUACGAAGAUAUCCUCUAUGCCUGUGACGAGGAUGUGUGUCCGGAGUAUACCAAGGAUCCUCGCAUCAAGGAGGUCGUCACGCUUACCUCGGACCUCUCUCGCAAGAAUCUCGAAAAGGACUUUGAGCGCAUGGACACGCCUCAGGGCACCUUUUACCGCGUGUACUUCGACAUCUAUCUAACACUUGAUGGAAGUGAAUUCAACGCCGAACUGGUCUGCCAGGGUGAGGUCAUGGGCCGUUGCACGGCAAAGUUCCGGUAGUUGGUUAGUCCUAUCCAUGCCUGAGACUCCCAAAGAUAGAGAGAGACCGGACGAAUGGCAUUUUAGAUGUUACAAGAGGCUCCGCGAAAUCAUUAUGUCCUAGAAGCAAGCUUCCAAUAGGUCCCAUAGCCGAGCGAAGCAGAUUGGACCUGGAAACUGGAUUACGUUCAUACAAAAAAAAAAGCAAAGAGA